UAUUUAUAAUCAAUGAUACUGCAUACAAAUGUUUACAAUUUAUAAAUUACUGUAUCUGUAUGGGGUAUCUUGAAUUUAUAAAUUAUACUUUUACUUAUCUUGUGAUUCAUUUAAUCUUUUUUCUAUGUUGUGAUUUGUCUGUAGUCUGCACGUCCAUCUAUUAAGAAAUAAUAUAGUUUGUGUUUCUCGUAUAGAUUUAAUUCGGUUUAAACUAAGAGAACUCCAAACAUGUACACUAGAAAUUCAGGCAGUGGUUAUGAUACUCGCCAAAGCUAUCAACAAAAGAAACAGGAACAGGAUAAAACACCUCAUACAGUUGCUACUUUCAUCACACAGCCUGUUUUGGAAACUAAAUCAAAUCCAGCACAAAUGCUAUUUCAAUCUCAACAAAAUAAUGGUGUAAAUGUUCUAAACUUUAACACUGGUAAAGCAUCAAUUAAUCCAGUAAAAACAAACGCCUCUGUUGAAGAAAUGCCUAAAACUCUUAUUUCAGAAAAGAAUGCUCUGGAUUUAGCUGAAACAGUUCAGAACACUGAAGGCGAUCAAACAAAGGAAGAAAAGAAAGUAGCAAAAAUGAUUUGGCCUCCGAAAACCAAAAUUAAUAAGAAAGAACAGAAAAAAAAGUUGAAUGCUAAAAUGCGCCGUCUAAUCUGUCCCAAAAGCCCUUUAAUGGUUUUCAGUGAAAUGUGUAACAAUGUACCCAUUAAACUGCAAGAGAAUAUUCAAACUAGUUAUACAACUUAUAUUGCAUCCAUUGAGGUUGAUGGUCAAACUUACAUUGGAGAACAUAUGUCUAAAACACAGGCUAAACAAAAGGCAUGCGAGCGUUUUUUGCGUACUUUAUUAGCGAAAAAAAUGACUGAACCACCUGCAAAAAAAGAAGAUAUGGAUGUAUCUGCCAGUGCAGCAACAAUACCUCAAGGUCAACCUAAAGAAGAUUUCCCAUGGCCACUUUUUGCUUCAUUGGCUAUGCACAAUUUAAUUGCCCAUUGGGAAUUACAGCCUGUUGGAAAAAUAUCACAAGACGAAGAAACAAAUAAACUCCCCAAAAAGCCAACUGGUAUGAAAAAAUUCCCAGAGAACCCUACUGCCUACAACCCGGUUCAGUUACUUCAUCAAUUAUUACCUGAUAUUACAUUCUGUGACAAAACAAUCAGUCCCAACAAUCCUCCUUCCUUUGAAUGUAGCUGUGAACUAAAGGGCACAACCUUUGUUGGAAAAGGAUCAACAAAGAAAAUGGCCAAGAAAGAAUGCGCGAUUGCAGCCAUCAAGCAUAAUUGGGGUUUUGAUUAUCAUGCCAAUAAAGUUUAAUACUUAUUAUAAAAGACUUGUAUUUUUUUUUUGUAAUUUAAUUACUUUAUUAAUUUCAAAAAUUAAAAAUUUUUGAACUUCUUGUAUCAUACGUUAGCGUUUAAGUAUAAAUAUUACUUUAACUACUUUCUAUCUCCACUAUAAUUUACUAGUGCUACACAACUUAUUAUUUUGACUCUAAUGUGUAUUACUGACAAAUUGAAAUGUGUGUAUGUGUGUGUGUGUGUGUUUAUUAAGUAAUUUAUACAUUUAAGACCUCUAGAUAUUAUGUUUUAAAGAUAUACUGUGAAGAAACUAAAACAUGUUACUCCCUACUGUUCUGUCUUGUUUUGUUGGUCUCUUUGCUGGUAUAUUCUCUUUUGAAACAGUAUAAUCUUACAUAUUAAAUAAUAGAGAUACUAGAGUAUAAGCAAAUUGAAGCAAAAUAUUAACUUAAUAACUAUAAAAUAAUACAUACAGAAAAAAAUAUAUUUGAUUGCCAAUUUUGUUAGAUUUUUAUAGUAGUAGAAUAU